UUGAAAUAAAGAACACACACGUUACAUUUAUUGUUUGAAGAGUAAAAUAAAAAUCCAACAACAAGAAAGAAAGAAGAGAACGAAAAACCAUAGGGUUUGAAAAUAAACUUGUUGAGUCCGCCUUUUAUGUUUGAACAGAUUCACCACCCACCUUAACGUCCCCACUCUCACAACGUUUCGCUUUCUUCUUCUUCAUCUUCUUCUUCCGUUUCGAUUCUUUCUAUCAACACUGUUAAUCUUUUUAUUAUAUAUAUUCUUCAAUAAACUACCUUGUGUUUGGAUCUGAAGAUGCGAAUUGCGGAUUUCUUUAUACUUCUUGGUAUCAAAUUCAGUUUGGAGUUUGAUCUUGCUGCUCUAUAGAGGGAGUGUAAUUAUAAUGAUUUGUGGUAGAGUGGGAAUUGGGGUAUGCUUUUGUACUUGUUUGCUGGAAAAUUAUGGACGGUGACCGAAAAAUGGCCGUUCCUCAUGUUGAUGGGUCUGCUGAUGGUGCUCAGAAACUUAAAGCAGCAUUGCACGGGAGGACUACUGGUCCUACUAGGCGUUCUACAAAAGGGCAAUGGACUCCUGAGGAGGACGAGACAUUGCGGAAGGCUGUUGAACGUUUCCAAGGAAAAAAUUGGAAAAAAAUAGCGGAGUGUUUCAAGGAUAGAACUGAUGUACAAUGCUUACAUAGGUGGCAGAAAGUGUUGAAUCCCGAGCUUGUUAAAGGGCCAUGGUCUAAAGAGGAAGAUGAAGUGAUGAUUGAAUUGGUGAACAAAAUUGGGCCUAAAAAGUGGUCAACUAUCGCACAACAUUUACCUGGGCGUAUCGGGAAGCAAUGUCGAGAAAGGUGGCAUAAUCAUCUUAAUCCUGCUAUAAACAAAGAAGCAUGGACACAGGAAGAGGAGUUGGCUCUAAUACGAGCUCAUCAAAUUUAUGGGAAUAAAUGGGCAGAAUUAACGAAGUUUUUGCCUGGAAGGACAGACAAUGCUAUUAAAAACCACUGGAACAGUUCUGUCAAAAAGAAAUUGGAUUCUUACUUGGCAUCGGGCUUACUUACUCAGCUGCAGUCUGCACCUCAUGAUGGAAAUCCAAGUCAAUCAAUGGCUACAACAUCUUCAAGGGUGCAAUGUAAUGCAGAUGAUAGCGUUCUUCAGGGGACUGAAGGAGAUGAAGGUUUAGAGUGUAGCCAUGAGUCAGCUAAUGCUCUCCAUUUUCCAUCCACUAGAGAGAUGACCAGUGUUGACUUGCAAACUGUUGGGGGAGAAUGUAGUCUUGGGACGGAUCAUAGUCCAAGUCAAGCAUCCUGUUCAGAGCCAUAUUACAUAUCAAUUGAUGACACUACUACAUGCAUCCCAGAAAUUGCUCAUCACGAAGCAUGUUCUUCUGAAUUCAAUGAACAAUUCUCUCAUGAACCUGGGAAUUCCAUAAAUGAGGAUUGCCAGUAUAAUUUACAUUCCUUACCCAAUAUUUCAUCAAUAGACUUAGGGAAGGACUCCUCCCAGUUGCAAAGAGAUUAUAUGGAAUCUACAGGUCCUAGUGGAAUACGAGACUUGGCGAAUGCUUCAAUGCCCAUGGAAACUACAGCUACAGAUGCUGCUAAACCAGAUCAUAUGCUGAUAUCUGAUGAUGAAUGUUGCAGAGCCCUAUUUCCAGAGGCAAAUAAUGAUAUAUGUUUUAUCCCAGGAGAUUAUAUUAAAGAUGUUGAUACUGUUGAAUUUUCUGGUCAACCCCCAUUUGUUUGUCAAUCAUGUCAUUUUCAGAUUUCCGAAAAUUGUGAAACCUCAACUCUGCCAUUAACUUGCCCUCAGUGUUCUAAUAAUUUUAAAGGGAUGACAUCCUCCCAAUCUACUCGACCUGUACAUUCCGCUGAGCCUGAGGAUCAGCAGUUUGUUUCCAGUGCACCUGAUAACUUCACUUAUGCCAUUGACAUGCCCAUUUCUCCUUGUAUUGAUGCUACAGAUGGUGCAGUAAUGCGAGAUGUUAAGCAAACCUGUUAUCCAACAGAUGAAAGGCCAAACAUGCACACAGAAAAGGAGGGCAAGGGAGCACUGUGUUAUGAACCUCCUCGUUUUCCGAGCAUGGAUAUUCCUUUCUUGAGCUGUGAUCUUGUACAAUCUGGGGGUGAUAUGCAGCAAGAAUUUAGUCCUCUGGGUAUCCGCCAGUUUAUGAUGUCGUCUAUGAACUGUCUGACUCCAUCAAGGUUGUGGGACUCCCCUUCUCGUGAUGAUAGUCCAGAAGCAUUAUUGAAAAGUGCAGCUAAAACUUUUACGGGUACACCAUCAAUAUUAAAAAAACGACGCCGAGAUUUGUUAUCCCCACUUUCCGAUAAAAGAAUUGGCAAGAAACUUGAGACUGAGAUGACAUCCUCUUUGUCCAAAGCCUUUUCUAGUUUGGAAGCAGAUAUACUCUCUCCAUCUUCAUUGCAAAAGCAAAACUCUGAGGCUCCAGUUUUUGACGACGAUAAAGAAAAUUAUGGACAAGCUGAUAAAGGUAAACAAGUAGAGGAGAUAAUUAAAUCUGCAGUUUUGGAAGAAAAGAUGUCCCAAAGAGAUGCUCUUGACAGUAAUUCUCCUGGUAAGGUUAAGCAGCAACCUUUUGAUGUUGAUUCUAAAAUGAAGAUUGAUGCUACUACUGCUGUUGAGAUUGUGCAACAAUCUUCUAGAGUUUUGUCUGAACAUGAUAGGAACGACCUUUCAUUAUAUUCAUCUGAUGAAGUUGGUGUUAGUGACAGAGUUCUAGGUUCUAGUGUUAUAAUUCCCAGAAAUAUGAACAAUAGGAGCUCGGAAAUUGCUCCAAACCAGAGCAUUCCUUCAAAACCAUCUUCUGAGAGUCAACGCUCAAGAUUUAGCUCUCCUUGUGUUCGUGCAAAGGAGCAUGAAAAUCUUACAGUUUCUGUUACUACUCGUGCAAAAGCUCCAGAGGAGAGUUCGGGGGAUCAAAGUAAAAAUGAUGGAGGAUUUGAAACAUGUAACCUAUUUGGUGGAACACCUUUCAGGAAAGGUUUUGAAUCGCCUUCUGCAUGGAAAUCUCCUUGGCUCAGGAAUACUUUUCUCUGUAGCCCAAAUGCUGAAAUUACAAUUGAGGAUUUUGGAUUUUUCAAAAGCCCUGGAGGUGAUAGAAGCUAUGAUGCUAUUGGAUUGUUAAAAGAAGUUGGUGAACAAACUGCUGCUACAUAUGAAAAUGCACAGGAGAUUUUGAAUAAUGAUACUCCUAAAGCAUUACCUAAAGGCACAGCAGGAGAUGACAAGAAUUGCGACGACGAAAAUAAUGAUUCUAACAAUGCAAACAAUUCUAAAUUGGCUUCAAAUGCUUUGGUUGAGCGCCGCGUACUCGACUUUAGUGAAUGUGGAUCACCUGAUAAGAAUGAUAGCAGCAAAUCGUCAGCUAGUCAGCCAUGAAGCUUGUCAAGCAUUUUGUCACAUUUGUUGAAGGAUUGUAGAUAGUCCAUUAUCAAUCAGGCUUCAGUUGUAACAAUUACAGCUGUCAUUGUCAAGCAUAUAUGUGUGUAUGUACCAUUUGUAAGAUUAGUUCUUUGUUUUCAGUUACUACAUUGAUAAGACUGAAUUUGUAAUUGACAUCAAAUGCACCCUGUCAUAUAACAAUUCUUGUUUUGAGAAAAUUACAAUGAAAUUAAAUGAUUGGCCUUUUCUCAUGAAUCAUUUUCGGUGACACGUGUCAUCUUCCCGUACUUAGACAGAAGCACCUAAAAAUAG